AUGGUGGACAGAAAACUUUACCCCCGCUCCUGUCAGGAGUUCCAGCUCAUCUCCUCCGGGCACCUGUGCUGCCCCCCUGGCGGAAACGUUGUCGUUACCGCGUUCCUGAAUCCUGUUGACAGCUACCUGCUACCUGUCACCGGCCUGGAUGCCGGCGUUCGCCCCCACCCCUCCUGCUUCUCUCGGCUCCACCGGCGUGGAGUGAACCUGCAGAGCCUGAAGACGCUGCCUAGGGCCCUAGCGCCCGUCAGAGUUUGUUUUGCCUUUCAGGAAAGCUCCAAUGGGCCAGUGAAGAAGUCCAUGAGAGAAAAGGCCAUAGAAAGGCGCAACAUCAACAAGGAACACAACAGUAACUUCAAAGCAGGCUACGUACCCAUCGAAGAAGAGCGUCUUCAUAAAACAGGCCUCAGAGGGCGCAAAGGAAACAUGGCUGUUUGCAUUAUUGUCCUCCUCUUCCUCCUUGCCCUGAUUAACCUCAUCAUCACGCUGGUAAUAUGGACAGUAAUUCGCAUCGGGCCGAAUGGCUGCGACAGUAUGGAAUUCCAUGAGAGCGGCCUGCUGCGCUUUAAGCAGAAAGCAGACAUGGGGAUCGUUCACCCACUGCACAAGAGCACAGUCGGGGGCCGUAAAGACCAGGAUCUGGUCUUUGUUGGAAACAACAAUCCAGUAGUGUUCCAGCAAGGGACUACAAAGCUGAGCGUGGAGAAGGACAAGACCUCGGUCGUCAGUGAUGUUGGCAUAUCCUUCACAGAUCCUCGGACACAGGCCACAUUCUUUAGUACAGAUUUUGAAAACCACGAGUUCCAUCUGCCAAAAGGAGUCAAAGUCCUCAGUGUUAAAAAGGCUUCAACUGAAAGGAUCACCAGUAGUGCAGCAUCAGAUCUGAACAUCAAGGGAGAUGGAAAGGCAAUCAUUCGUGGCAACGAGGGAGUGAAUAUCAUGGGCCGGACCGUAGAGUUCAAAAUGGGUGGAGACAUUGAGCUCAAGGCUGGCUUUGUGUACGACAUAAUAUAG